UUGAACCAUUAUUCUUUCAUUCUUUCUGAGUUUCUGUAGUUGAGGGGCAGGGGGUAGGAGAGACAGAAAGAUUCAAAAAUUGUGUAUUUAAUCAAAAUAUUGAAAAAGAUUGGUUGUUUAUUAUGCUAAAUAGGAUUCUUGAUGGUUUCAUACAUUCCCUUCUCAAGCCCUCUGCAAAUUGCCUCAAGGAAACCUUGCAUUCUACUUGUUUGAAAUCAAUCAGGUUAGUGAAGUUAGCUCCUUUUACUAGUUCUGCAAGUGCAAUUUCCCCAUUUAUUGAUGAUUUUCCGUACGAAGAAAGUGAAGGCAAUAAUUCGCGUAGCUCUGUUCCUUGCGUGAGAAAAGACAAUGGGUUUUCUAAUCAGAGAUAUUGUCUAAGUUCACUAGAUAGUUAUACGAGAAGUGGGUCUAUCUCAGAAGCUAAAGAACUCCAAGGCAAAAUAUUGAAAACAGAUGAGACAAUUGGAACCCCCCUUAUCAAUUCUUAUGUUGGUAAUGAGGAUUUGGCUGGUUCAUUACAAGUUCUCAAUGACACGCCUUCUAGGAGUAAAAAUGUUUCUGAGUGGAAUAAGUUGAUAUCUGGGUUUCAGAAUGAUGUUAGGAUCUUUCAUAUGUUCUCACGAAUGAUGAAUGAAAAUGUCCGCCCAGAUGGGAGUACAUUCACCACUGUUCUGGGAGCUUGUGGUGGUGCUGAGAUUGCAUCUCAUUUUCAUGUCAUUGAACAGAUUCAUGCCAUGAUUGUGCAUUAUGGUUUUGCCGGGAGUUGCAAUGUCUGUAAUUACUUGAUUGAUUUGUACUCUAAGAAUGGGUCGGUAGAUUCUGCUAAAAAAGUCUUUGAGGAUCUGCAUUCAAGGGACAGCGCAUCAUGGGUUGCCAUGACGUCUGGUUUCUGUCAGAACGGGCAUGAAAAAGAUGCUAUUUUUCUCUAUAAGGAUAUGCGUAAAUCAGGAGUUAUUCCUACUCCAUAUGCCUUUUCUAGUGUUUUAAGUGCCACCACCAAGUUGCUGUUACUUGAGCUGGGAGAACAGUUCCAUUCUAUAAUCUUAAAGUGGGGAUAUUUAUCGGAUGUAUAUGUGGGCAAUGCUCUUGUAGCAUUAUAUUCACGCUGUGGGGCCUUGCUAUCUGCGGAGCAAAUAUUUUCUGAAAUGAAGCUUAGGGACAGAGUGUCUUAUAACACACUAAUAUCAGGCUUCUCCAUGCAAGGAUUCAGUGAGAGGGCUCUCAAAUUGUUUGAUAAAAUGCAAAUUGAUUCUAUAAAGUCUGAUUGUGUUACAAUCUCGAGCCUCUUGAAUGCUUGUGCAUCAUCAGGGGAUCUUCAGAAGGGAAGGCAACUGCAUGCAUAUGCAACAAAGGCAGGCUUAUGUUCAGAUAUAAUUAUUGAAGGAUCUAUACUAGACCUUUAUGUCAAAUGUUCUGAUAUAAAAACAGCCCGUGAUUUUUUCCUAACAACCCAGAUGGAAAACAUAGUUUUGUGGAAUGUUAUGCUAGUGGCUUAUGGGCAGAAGGGGGAUUUGAAUGAAUCGUGUCGGCUUUUUGCCCAGAUGCAGAGUGAAGGACUGCAACCUAAUCAAUACACUUACCCUAGUAUAUUGAGAACUUGUACAUCUGUGGGUGAUCUGGAUCUCGGUGAGCAAAUACAUAGUCAAGUCAUAAAGACUGGUUUUCAGCCAAAUGUUUAUGUUUGUAGUGUGCUUAUCGACAUGUAUGCUAAGCAUGGUAAAUUAGAUGCAGCCCAGAAAAUUUUCAGACGUCUCAAUGAGGAAGAUGUCGUCUCCUGGACAUCUAUGAUUGCUGGAUAUACUCAGCAUGACCUAUUUGUUGAAGCAAUACGACUUUUUCAUCAAAUGCAGGACCACCAUAUUCAAUCAGACAAUAUAGGAUUUGCAAGUGCAAUCACUGCAUGUGCUGGAAUUCAAGCACUCAAUCAAGGGAGACAAGUGCAUGCUCAAUCAAUCAUCUUUGGCUAUGCAUCAGAUCUGUCAAUUGGCAAUGCACUUGUUUGCCUAUAUGCUAGAUGUGGUAAAGUGCAUGAUGCAUAUGUGGCAUUUAACAAGAUUGAUUCAAAAGAUAAUAUUUCAUGGAAUGGGUUGGUAUCAGGAUUUGCCCAGAGUGGAUACUGUGAGGAAGCAUUAAGAGUUUUCUCUAGAAUGAAUCAUUCUGGAGUAGAAGCUAACAUGUAUACAUAUGGGUCUGCUGUUAGUGCAGCUGCUAAUACAACAAAUAUUAAACAAGGAAAGCAAAUUCAUGCUAGGAUGAUAAAAACUGGUUAUGACUCAGAAACAGAAGCUUCCAAUGUGUUGAUCACAAUGUAUGCAAAAUGCGGAAAUCUCAGUGAUGCCAGGAGAGAGUUCCUAGAAAUGCCUUGCAGAAAUCAAGUUUCAUGGAAUGCCAUGAUUACUGGCUAUUCACAACACGGUCUUGGCAAUGAAGCAUUAGAUCUCUUUGAAGAAAUGAAAAAUGCAGGGGUGAUACCAAACUAUGUCACCUAUGUUGGUGUUUUGUCAGCCUGCAGCCAUGUAAGGCUGGUGGACGAGGGGCUUAGCUACUUCAAGGCUAUGAGUGAAGAUCAUGAUUUAGUACCAAGACCAGAGCAUUAUGCUUGUGUUGUUGAUAUUUUAGGACGGGCUGGUCAAUUGCAGCGUGCAAGAGAAUUUGUGGAGACUAUGCCCAUUGCACCUGAUGCAAUGGUUUGGAGGACCUUGCUGAGUGCUUGCACAGUUCACAAAAAUAUUGAAAUUGGAGAAUUUGCUGGCAACCAUCUCUUAGAAUUGGAGCCUAAAGAUUCAGCAACUUAUGUUCUUCUAUCAAACUUGUAUGCAGUUGUUGGGAGAUGGGAUCAUCGAAAUUGCACAAGGCAGCUAAUGAAAGACAUGGGUGUCAGGAAAGAGCCUGGUCGCAGUUGGAUUGAAGUUAAAAACAAGAUUCAUGCAUUUUUCGUUGGUGAUCGACUACAUCCUCUAGCAGAUGAGAUUCAUACAUUUGUAGAGGAACUGAAUAAACGUGCAGCUGCAGUUGGUUAUAUACAAGACUGUCACAACCUUUGGAAUGAUUUGGAGCUGGAACAGAAGGACGCAACUGCAUUUGUACACAGUGAGAAGUUGGCUAUUGCAUUUGGCCUUCUAAACUUGCCAGAUACAAUUCCGCUAUGUGUGAUGAAGAACCUUCGUGUCUGUAAUGAUUGCCACAACUGGAUUAAGUGUGUGUCUAAGGUUGCAAAUCGAGCCAUUAUUGUAAGAGAUGCCUACCGUUUCCACCACUUUGAAGAUGGUGAAUGUUCAUGUCAGAACUUUUGGUAACAAGAACCAUUGAAGAAUACUAUGUGAAAAGAGGGUGUGCCAGUUCAGUGCUAAAGGAUGAAAUUAAAUCCUGCAAUUUGGGGUUGGAGGGAGUGGGGAACCUUUCUCUCUGCUCAGGAUACCUCUCAUCAACUAUGGAUGUCCCUUGUAAUUGUCUGAGGUUGUGUCAAACACUCAUUCAGGUAGAGAUGAGCACGGAGGUUCAAAGUCCCAAGGACAUAAACUUUGGAACUGCAGUCGGUCCAGCUCUUCCCAUUUUUCUUGACAGAUCUAUUGGAAGGAUUUAUUCUUGAAGAUUCUUCAUCCAUCAUACUAAUCCAUAGAAUGACAACGCCUUGGCAACAGUGUUUUGGAAAUAGUAUUGAAAUUUAUCAGGCUCCUUCUAAGAUAAUUGUUUUAGUAGGCUCCAGAAGUUGCCUUUCAACAUGAGAAUGGCACAGGAUGAAACAUUCUUGGUAUUCUGAUAAUCCUUCAAAUGUGGACCGAACUUCUUUGUUUCUGCUUCUUGAAAGGCGAUUGCACUUCUUUAUACACAGGGUACUAGGAGGAGGAUACCUCGGUUGGUAUUGGAUGAUUACUCUUCUCAGGCCAGGUCAAUGCGGCAAAUCCACCCCCUCUCAUCAUCUUCUUGAACUCUGUGAAAUUCACCAUUCCAUCGCCAUCCACGUCCACCUUCAUGAUCAUCUUCUCGCAGUCCUCGACAGCCUGGCCUUGCUUGAGCCCUAGUGAUGCCAGCACCGACUUUAGCUCAUCAACGGUGAUGAACCCAUCGCCAUUCUGGUCAAACACAUCGAAUGCCUUCCUCAUGUCAUCCUCAUCAUCCCGCUCAUCCAUGAUGGAUUGGUACAGCGCCCCAAACUCAUCAACGUCCACGCACCCGUCCCCAUUCUCGUCAAUUUUCUCGAUCAUUUGGGUCAACUCCCCCUCCGAUAUGAUGAUUCCCAUGUUACGCAAUGAAUCAUUCAGCUCCUCCGUGGUGAUCCGACCAUCGCUGUUCUGGUCGAACAUUUCAAAAACUUUUCUUAGCUCGUCAGCAUCCAUUCUACUUUGUCGUCGAGGCAGGGGCUAUUUAUGGUGGUGGUUUGGAGGAGGCUAUAAUGGCAAAUUAGCAGAAAUUUGUUGAUGAAACCAGGGAAAAGGGGGAGGAAAUGCCUAAUCUAUUGUGGAACCAAAUUGAGGAGAAAUUUGUUGAGGAGGUAUUUAUUUUAAGAGAUAGUGAAGGAAAUUCCUCAAUAAAAUGUGUUGCCUUUGUGGUGGUAUAGCUAAUGUUGGUGAGACAUUCUUGGAGGAAAACUAGGGGGGGCUAAGGGACUAAAUAUUGCAAGUCUUUUUGGACUUUAGAGUUUACCAAAACAAAUUUUGGAAUAGACCGAGUUCAUUCAAUUUUUGUAUUAAAUAUUGCAAGUCUUUUUGGACUUUAGAGUUGAUCAAAACAAAUUUUGGAAUAGAAUGAGUUCAUUCAAUUUUUGUAUUAAA